ACUCGCAGCCUGCCCAUGGCCUGUCCACCCUGCGCCACCGCGGCCCUCGCGCUCCAGGACUGCGGUAACGGAUGCUCGGCAGAAUGUGCCGGAGGAGGAGGCUCCAGAGAGGUGGUGGAGACUUUCAUGGCGAAAGACUUAAUAAUCACACCAGCCACCAUGUUAAAGGAAAAACCAGACCCCAAUGCUUUGGUUUUCGGAAGUGUGUUCACGGAUCACAUGUUGACGGUGGAGUGGUCCUCGGAGUUCGGAUGGGAGAAACCUCAUAUCAAGCCUUUCCAGAACCUGUCCUUGCACCCUGGCUCAUCAUCUUUGCACUACGCCGUGGAAUUAUUUGAAGGAAUGAAGGCAUUUCGAGGUGUAGAUAAUAAAAUCCGACUGUUUCGGCCAAACCUCAACAUGGAUAGGAUGCAUCGAUCUGCCGUGAGGACCACUCUGCCGGUAUUUGACAAGGAAGAGCUUCUGGAGUGUAUUCAGCAGCUCAUAAAGCUGGAUCAAGAGUGGGUCCCGUAUUCAACAUCUGCUAGCCUGUACAUCCGUCCCACGUUCAUCGGAACGGAGCCUUCUCUCGGGGUCAAGAAGCCUGGCAAAGCCCUGCUCUUCGUAAUUCUGAGCCCAGUGGGUCCUUAUUUUUCAAGUGGAAGCUUUAAACCAGUGUCCCUGUGGGCCAAUCCGAAGUAUGUUAGAGCCUGGAAGGGUGGAACUGGAGACUGCAAAAUGGGAGGGAAUUACGGAGCGUCUCUUUUUGCCCAGUGUGAAGCGAUGGAGAAUGGGUGUCAGCAGGUGCUGUGGCUCUAUGGAGCGGAUAACCAGCUAACGGAAGUCGGAACUAUGAAUCUUUUUCUUUACUGGAUAAAUGAAGAUGGAGAAGAAGAACUGGCAACUCCUCCGCUAGAUGGCAUCAUUCUCCCGGGAGUGACACGGCAGAGCAUUCUGGACUUGGCGUAUGAGUGGGGUGAAUUUAAGGUGUCAGAGAGAUACCUCAGCAUGGACGACUUGACAACUGCCCUGGAGGAGAACAGAGUGAGGGAGAUGUUCGGCUCUGGCACAGCCUGCGUCGUCUGCCCAGUUUCUCAUAUACUACACAAGGGGGAGUCACUACACAUUCCUACCAUGGAGAAUGGUCCUAAGCUCGCAAGUCGUAUCUUGGACAAAUUGACUGAUAUUCAGUAUGGAAGAGAAGAAAGUGACUGGACAAUCGUGUUAUCCUGA